AUGAGAACUCAACUUUUGCGAAAUACAAAGAAGGUUUUGUCUGAUUCUCUUCCAGCGAGGGCCGUAAAGGCAGACCUGGCUACGCAUGAUACAGGUUCACUAUAUGAAAAGCUGCGCCCGUUCGCGACGCCAGUGAACGUCCAGGGCAUAUGGAGAGCCCCGAGGGCACAGGGCUUCACCAAGGAGCAGUUUGACAGGGCGUACCCGCCCUCCUACAGGAGCAUGAGGAUAGGGCUGCCGCCGCCUGAAACUCUCGCAGCCAAACACGUGGACCCGAAGUUCGACGAAAUAUCGCCCCUGGUGUGGACGCUGAUCAUAUUCACGCCGCUCACAUACUGGUACGCCUACGAGUACUACAGCGAGCUGUUCCCGCCGAAGGAAAUAUCACACUAA